AUGAAAAAGAGUAUCAGACCAACAACAACAACAAUAGUAUUAUUAUUAUUAUCAUUAUUAUGUUGUUUAAUCAUUGUCACAAGAGGAGAUGAAAAUAAUCAUUAUUAUCAAUAUGGUGAAGAGGUUACAUUGUGGUAUAAUUCAAUAGGACCUUUUAGAAACCCUCUAAAGUCUUGGUCAUUUGAUCAUUUUCAAUCAUGGUGUCUAACAGCAGAUAGCGAUUAUAAUAGUAAUCAAUUUAGAAAAGGUUUAUUCUUUGAUAGUUUGGCUCAUACUCCUUUAGUAUCAAGUAAUUUACCUAUUUUAUUUGGUGUUUCAAUGGAAUCACCACAAUUUAUAUGUAAUACAACAAUCAAUUCAAAAAAUAAAAAUGAAUUGAUAGAUGCAAUUGAUAAUGAAUACAUGUAUCAUAUGUAUUUAGAUAGUUUAUCAAUGAUUGGUAGAUUAGGUGGUAAAGAUAAAGAUAAAGAUAAACAAGAUGGUUAUUAUUUAUUUUCAAAUAGAAAAUUAUUAAUUUUACAUAAUGAUCAUCAAAUUGUGGGAAUAACAUUGGUAGGAACAAAACCAAUUUAUUUAAAAGAAAAAUUAAAUAUAACAUUUAGUUAUUCAGUUGAAUGGUAUGAAUCAUUUUCAAAUUUUAAUGAUCGAUUGGGAUCUUUUACAUUGGAUACAGAUAAUAUAAUGCAAUUAGUAUCUGCAAUUAAUAAUAUAAUAUUAAUUAUUGUAUUGUUUAUACCAAUUGGUAUCAUUUAUUAUUCAAAUCGAAAAAAACCUCAAAUUGUCAACAACGAUGAAGAAAUGGGUAUCAACAAUGGCAAUGGGAACAAUACGACUACUACUUUCUUAUUAAAUAUUAAAGAUUUAAUAUUAUUUUCAAGUUUUUUGGGAAUUGGAUUUCAAUUUACUAUAAUAUUUAUGGUAUUUGUUUUUACUUGUUUGAUUGGAUUACAAUUUCAAGAUAGUCAUGUAAUGAAUGUAAUUGUAUUUACAUUUCCAUUGGCAUCAAUUGGUGGUGGUAUAAUGGCUGGUGGUUAUCUUGUUCGAUCAAAUCCAAAUAUUGAUCAAAAGACUCCGAGCAUUAUUUAUUCAUUAUCACUACCAACUAUAUUGAUUGGAUUAUUGACUGGUAGUAGAAUAUUUUUCCCACCCAUCAAUACUACAAGUCUAUUAUUAGAUUCAAUUCAAAGUUUACUCGGUUCACUUUCAAUAUUAUCAAUAUUUUGUAUACCAUUUUCUAAUCUUGGUUAUUAUCUAUCAACAAAAAGAAAUAUUAGAUUUAAUUUUAAACUUUUUAAUCAUCAUAAUAAUAAUAAUAGUCAUACUACUACUACUACAAAUCGUAGUACAAGUUUAAUAAUAUUGUUGGCAGGGAUUUUACCAUUUUUAUCUUUACACAUGUAUGCACAAUUGACGUUAUCCUAUUUAUUUGCUUACAAAUCAUUUCACAUUGCAUUAAUCCAUUCAUUUGAAUUGAUUGCAUUUAUCAUUAUAGUCAUUCAAACAAAUAUUAUCAUCUCUUAUUUUCUAUUACAACAAAGUAAUAAUAAUAAUAUACUCUUUCAAUUUUAA